CCCAGAGGAACCGGUAAGAGAUAGCACGAAAACAAACCAGCGAGUACAGAAAAUCUGAAAAAACAUCGCCUGGGCGAAAGAUUUCAUCGCCCGCGCCAUGCGUCUUCUUCGUCGUCGCGCGGGGGAUGACACUUCUGAUGUAAACACUUGCCCAUACUGUACAUGCAGGGAUGGCGACGGUGGUGGUUACAGGGUUGUGCUGCCCACACGCAUGUUUGACAAGUAGGGUUGCUGCCGCUCGCUGCUGCUGCUUAGCUUCGUGUGGCACACGGUGGAGUGCAAUAUCGAAUCAGUCUUGUUCGGUACGUCUUUUCUGUCGCAUCUUUGUGGCCAGUAGUGUUCGCGCGGAGAUCUUCGUGGCGCAGACGGUGUUUUUUUAUGUGCUCCUCCUUCUGGUGUAGUGUUGUGUUUUUUAUACCUGGGGCUGGGAAGUGAAUCGGAAGUGUGUAAAUCGGCAUUUUUAUGGGAUUAAUUGUGAUGGAUUGUCAUGUUUUAGAGAGCAUGAUAGGCUGCGAAGCCUGGGGAAUGUGAAUGGUGUAUCGGAAGUGUGUUCCGUCGUGUAUGUGACGUGUAAGGAUCGUUCCGGAAUGUAUGCUGCGUGAAAAGAGAAGAAGCUGGGGAUGUUUGCUGCAGAAGAGCUGGGCUAGGCCCAGGAUCUUAAUGUGAUUGGAAUCGGAUGAAAGCCGUGGAGAUGAAGCUCGGGGAAUGUGAAACUCAGUUUUAAUAGCCAUAAGCCCGCUUCUAUUUGGCAAAAGAAGUGCAAGAUCCCCAGUGCUCGUCCAGGCCAUGAAUGUAAAUAAUGUAAAUGUCAAAAUAUGACAUGAUGCGUUCCGCAGCGAUUCUCCGGGGAAGAGCGGACGUGUUUUUCCUAGCAUUGUCUAUCGUGGGGAUGUGAUGGCUUGCGACUGUGAGCAGCGGAAAUCGGCUGAAUGUUAUUCUUACAGAUUUGAUUGCCGAGAUGUUUACCUGCAGUAGCGGAAUCUUGGCUAGCGGAAUGUAAACAAAGCUGAAAAUAAGAUUUACCUCCCAUAGAGGCGACAGCCGCUGCAGUUAGCAGUAGCUUGAACAGGCGGUGAAAGAGGGAAGGAUUAAAAAUCGAUACUGGUGUGUUGUGUACUAAACAAAAAUACCACGGUCAGUGCGCGGCGGUUUUCGAGGGAUGAGCUGAAUUAUUCAUGUGGAAAGUGGAAUUGUUUGAAGUUGGUAUAGCGUGGAUAGCCGGGAAACAUGUUAUCUAGUGUCAAUACGCAUAACGAAUGGCGGAUAAUCUCUAUGUGAUAUCUGUACUCGUAGCGGGCGGUACAGUUGCUUAAUUAUAAAAUAGGAAUAAAUGUUGAUAUUUAAAUAAGCCGGAAGAAUCAGUGAAACAAGUGAUAAGGAAGAGUUCCCGCUAUAACGUGUUCCACGUUCAUUGGCCUGUAAAUACGCAGCGGAAUCUCCGGAUAAUGCCCAAAUUGGGGUCUGUCCCGGUGCAACGAUACUCAAUAAAUAAUUCAAUGUAUAACAAUUAAUCUCCGGAGCUGCAGCUGUGCCCGUAAAUAUUUGAGCACCUAUACUCAAAAAAGGCUCACGCCAACCCUUUCAUCCAAAAUGCAAGCAAAAAAGCGCUACAUUCUGGUGAUAAUAUGCUGCGCUUUUCUCGCGUAUUGCUACUUUGGAGGCUACCGGCUCAAAUGGCUGCAGAAACUCUUCGCCAUAAGCGUUCGCAAGAACCCAUCCAAGCUCCCACCAUAUCAACAGCUGUAUUACCAAUUCUCCGACUAUCCUGAACCACCCGUCCAAAGUUCACAUUCCAUUCCGGAAGAUGAUCUAUACGCUCAUCCUUCUUUCGAAUCCAAAUACAUCGGAGACUCACUUCCAUCCCCAACCCAUACCUGUCGGAUGGAAACCUGCUUCGACUUCACCAAAUGCACCGAUCAGAACUUCCUGGUCUACGUCUAUCCACCGGAGCCGCUCAACUCCCUUGGAGCACCUCCUCCCAUAAGCCCCAACUACCAGAAAAUCAUCUCAGCCAUCCAAGAGAGCCGGUACUAUACAGCCGACCCGGAGAAAGCUUGCCUAUUCGUCCUGGGAAUUGACACCCUGGACAGAGACUCACUGAGCGAAGACUACGUCCGGAAUGUGCCAUCGCGGUUACAGCGGCUCCCGUACUGGAACAAUGGCCGCAACCAUAUCAUAUUCAACCUCUACUCGGGCACCUGGCCGGACUACAACGAGAAUGGGCUGGGGUUCGAUCCGGGACAGGCCAUCCUGGCCAAGGCCAGCAUGAGUGUGCAAUCGCUAAGGCCUAACUUCGACGUGAGCAUACCGCUGUUCCACAAGCAGUUUCCGCUGCGGGGCGGAAACACCGGAUUUGUGGCUAGCAACAACUUUCCGGCCAACAAAAAGUAUCUGCUGGCAUUCAAGGGAAAAAGAUACGUCCACGGAAUUGGUUCCGAAACGAGGAACUCGUUGUUUCAUCUGCAUAACGCCCGGGAUCUGGUGCUGGUGACGACCUGCCGGCACGGGAAAAGCUGGCGGGACCUGCAGGACGCCCGCUGCGACGAGGACAACCGGGAGUAUGACAGAUACGACUACGAGACUCUAUUACAAAAUUCAACAUUCUGCCUGGUGCCGAGAGGACGUCGUCUAGGAUCGUUUAGAUUCCUCGAAGCACUGCAGGCAGGCUGUAUACCGGUGCUACUGUCCAACUCGUGGGUGUUGCCGUUCCAGUCAAAAAUAGACUGGCAACAGGCGGCGAUUUGGGCCGAUGAAAGACUGUUAUUGCAGGUGCCGGACAUUGUACGUUCGAUCUCCGCCAGCCGCAUCCUAGCUUUACGUCAACAAACUCAAGUGCUUUGGGAGCGUUAUUUUAGUUCCAUUGAGAAAAUAGUUUUUACUACGUUCGAGAUUAUAAGAGAGAGACUGCCAGACUACCCCCACCGGAACGGACUGAUUUGGAACCAGUCGCCGGGCGCGUUGCUCACCGUUCCGACCUUCGCCGACACGGCCCAUCGGUUUCCGUUCCUGCUGGAGGGCGUUGGGCUCCGGCCCGGGCCCAACUACACCGCCGUCAUCUUCGUGCAGAUUGGCGCCCAACAGCUGACGGUCGGCAGCGCCCUGUACAAGCUAGUCAAAUCCAUCACCAAAAGCCAAUUUGUAGAUAAGAUACUAAUACUGUGGGCCUGUGAUCGGCCGGCGCCGUCGCGGAAACGGUGGCCCUCCACGGGCCAUAUUCCACUACACGUGAUAAGCGGCGGUCCCAACGAGGAGCGCCCUAGCAUAUCCCAAAGAUUCUUCCCCCACGAGCACAUAGAAACGGACGCCGUGCUCUCGCUGGACGAGGACGCCAUCCUAAACACGGACGAGCUAGAUUUUGCCUACCAGGUGUGGCAGGACUUUCCGGAUCGCAUCGUGGGUUAUCCGGCGAGGGCGCACUUCUGGGAUGAUUCCAAGAACGCCUGGGGCUACACGUCCAAGUGGACCAACUACUACUCGAUCGUGCUGACGGGAGCCGCAUUCUACCAUCGGUACUACAACUAUCUCUACACCAACUGGUUGUCCUAUCUGCUGCUGAAAACGGUUCAACAGUCCUCGAACUGCGAGGACAUUCUGAUGAAUCUACUUGUGUCUCAUGUCACCCGGAAGCCACCUAUUAAAGUAACCCAGCGGAAGGGUUAUAAGGAUCGGGAAAGUGGGAGGUCCCCCUGGAACGAUCCGGAUCACUUCAUACAACGACAAAGUUGUCUCAACACGUUUGCGGCCGUGUUUGGCUACAUGCCCCUUCUGCGCUCCAAUCUCCGUCUGGAUCCGGUCCUCUACCGGGACUCGGUGUCGAAUCUAAGGAAAAAGUACCGCCAAAUCGAACUGGUCGGCAGCUAGCGGUUCGUGUACGUCUACUAAGUCAGC